GGCCAUUUCAUUUAUUGCUCUAUAUAUGGGUCACGUGAGCAUACUUUCCUUUUGUUUCUGCUUGGGUGGCUGUGGCUGGGCUGGGCCCUGAUAGCCUGAAAUAAUUUGCAUAUUUACUACUAUGACGUCAAGCUGAAACGAACACAGCGACAACAACCAGUGACGCUCCAGAGCACAUCUGAUGCGACUGCAAUCCGGCGAAGAAAACAGAGAUGACAACAUGAAGUUCCCGUUCUUAUUAAUGUUACUUUCAGUUCCGUGUGCACUGAGCAUGCAUGCCACCACUAGUCACAGCAAUACUGGGAAGGAAUGUACAGAAGAGUUAUGUAGCAGCAACCAGCAAAGCAUGGGUAGCAUACAAAACAGUCAUCACGGGGUCCAAAAGUUGAACAGCAACCCUACAGACACAACAGUUCAAAAGGCUGAAGCACUACAACAGAGCAGCAGUCCUAAUCUCAACUUCUGGAUGACACUCUUAAUAGCGGCUCUGGCUGCUGCAUUGUUGUCAUAGCAUGAAGUCAUUGUGUUUUGAUGUCAGGAACAUGUAUAGUCAAUUUACUAAAUGUAUUAAAUUAAUAGCUUGGGAUGAAACAAAUUUAGUAGCACGAAGGCAAUCUUGCUAUGAACCAAGGUUGCUUUGCCGAAUAAAAAUCUGGUAUCGUGUUGUGAUGAUACGGUUUCUUUUAUUUUAUGUAAUGAAGAACGCCAAAAAUAAAAUGUGUUUUGUUUUCA